CCUGCUGCAGGACGAGGACAAAGGUAUAUCCACUAAGAAUUUUCUAAGUAAAAAUUUCUGGACUUGUUUAUCAUUCGUCCAACACUCGUUUCAUUCCCUUUUGCAGAUUCAGCCAGGAGCAAACUAAGGAAGUCUUGGAUAGGAGACAUGAGCUCAUCCAGAUUUGCGGACACUCUAUGGAAGGAGUACAGUAAAUCAGGUGCCGAAAAGAGGGCCGACACUCUGAAAAAUGCCCCAACCUCUAAGGCUUUGGCCGAAAAAGCCGCAGCGAAGAAACGGCCGGCCGGUACCAGUGAAGCCCCUCCCUCAAAAAAGGCAAAGGGUUUUACUGCUAAGAAGAAGAAGACCACACGGCCGGUUCCCAAGGUCGUGAUCAAUCUACCGGCCAAGGAGGAGGCCAAAGAAGAGCCGGCUGAAGUUGACUCCCGGGCCCUCGUGGCCUAUACUGGUCCGGCCGAGCAACCCACUCCUUCGCAACCUGACGAGGUUGUCGUCUUGGACGAUGCUGGACAAUCUUCUCAGCCGGACGCGGCUGUGGACGGGUCCGCCUUCUCUGGGCCAGUGGCCCAACUGGUAGGCCAGAUGCCGGCUGCUUAUAGGACGGCUUCCCGUUGUUCUGAUAAAGGGAAGGGUCCAGCUGUUGACGGCUCCCCUAGCCUCUCUGACGAUGAAUCUUCUCCAGCUUUUGGAAAGAUGUCGUCGUCUGAACGUGAGAAGCUCAAGACAGAGCUGUUCAAGUGCUUUCCUGAACCUUAUAUUAAGGGGUUAAGGGGAGCAUCGUCUGGGCAUGUAGGUUACAUGUCUCAGCUUGCUGCCGAGCUUUUUGCUCGCAGCAUGAUAACAGAAGACUGGGCAAAGGAGCUCAGAAAAGAAAACAAAAAGCUCGUCCAAGAUGUGACGGCGGCCGCUGAUCAUGCCCAGUUUGCUAUGGCCUAG